AUGCCGAGGCUCGUUUCUAUGAAACUGGCCUCAAACUUCCCCAAAAAGCUCUCAAACUCCCCCACCACCACCUCCACCACUACUACUUCUUCAAUCUUCCACUUUCAACCACACAAAUCGGUUUCUCUCAGCAAACCACCCCCAAACCUAACCCAAAACAACUUCUUUAGCUCCUUCCCCGCACACCGGCUUCACCGUCUUCCUCAUUCAUGGAGGUUGCGGCACACACUCACACAAAAGAUUCAUGGGUUGCUCUCCAACACAUUACUCAAACGGCAGUUUUUGGUGGGUUUCUCAAAUACCCUUUUGAGAGCCUCAAGCAAGAGCCUUUCAGAUUUCAGGCUUGGCUUUCUCAGAGUCCAAUUUUCGAGACAGAGUUCUAAGUUCAAGUUCAACCCAAAGUUUACUUCUCCUCGGAGUGUCGGGAGAUCAUGGCUCCGAAGGUCAUCAGAGGGUGAGGACACUGACGUGGUUUUGGGAUUGAUUAUAGCUAAUGCUGCUGUGUUUUUGUUAUGGAAGAUUGCGGAUACUGGAUUCAUGGUGAAGAAUUUUAUUAAUGCAUUAAUCAAUGUCAGAAGUGGACGUCUUCACACAUUGAUAACUUCUGCCUUCAGUCAUAUCGGCACUGAGCAUUUCAUUCAUAACAUUUGGAUUGGACUAUAUGUUUUUGGGGCGCAUAUUGAAAGGAUUUUUGGGCCUCAAUUUUUGCUGGGAUUGUAUCUAGCUGGGGCUCUUGGUGGCUCGGUCUUUUUCUUGGUGCACAAAACCUACCUGGCUGUGUCAUCGAUGGGCCGGCGAGAGGAGAACAAAGACCCAAACAAGCUGGGACUGGGCGCAGGCGGGGCCGUUAAUGCUAUCAUUUUGCUUGACAUAUUCCUCUUCCCAAAAUCCAUCUCUACUCCGGGAUUCUCAAAACAGUUGUUCCUGGGGAUCUUUCUCAUUGGGAAAGAUAUCUUGAGGAUAAUACUGGGAGACGAACAAAUCUCAGGGGCUACACAAUUGGGAGGUGCUGCAGUUGCAGCCAUUGCCUGGACACGACUUUGA